AUGAUGGUGGGCUUGAGGAUGGACAUCAGCGUGCUCCUGGAGCCUCUGGGCUUUGUCAAGGUCCUUGAAUGGGUUCUUGCCAUCUUUGUUUUUGCCACGUGUGGAGGCUUUCAAGGUGAAACUGCUCUUCUAGUUUCCUGUGAAGGUGUGGUAAACAAAACAGUUACAGCUGCUUUUGCUUAUCCAUUCAGGUUGAAUACUGCUGUAUUUAGUGCACCAGACCCAAAAGGCUGUGGUGGCACUUGGACUGAUUCUGUCUGCCUCAUGGGUGACUUCUCCUCUUCUGCACACUUCUUUGUUGCACUGGCAGCAUUGGUGUUCCUCUACUGUGUUACUGCCCUUGUGGUAUAUAUUGGAUAUAACCAUGUGUAUCAGCAAAAUAACAAGUUUCCACUAACUGACUUGGCAAUCAGUGUCUUGAUAGCCUUUCUGUGGCUGGUCAGUACUUUUGUUUGGGCAAAGGCACUUGCUGACAUCAAGGUGUCCACUGGAGCCAGCAUUGUGCCAGGAAUUGAAUCUUGCAAAGCACCAGGAACAACUUGCCAUUUUCUUUCUGUGACCAGCAUGGGAAUUCUGAAUGUGUCAGUGGUGUUUGGCUUGCUUAACAUGAUUUUAUGGGCAGGAAAUGUUUGGCUUGUAUACAAGGACACCAACUUGCACAGCCAAUGGAACAGAAUUUCUGAAAGUCCAACUGAAAGGGUAUAA